AUGAUUCCGUCCAAGUUAAUUCCUACAAGUGUCGACAAAGUGCGCCCUGGCGAUAUAAAGGCGGUUGCAGCGAUGGGAGAUGAGUUUCUGCUCUCGCCACUGUCAGGAACGUUCAAAGAACAAGGAAGCUCAUUCGUUACUGGAGGCGAGGGUUUUCUGAGAAACCAUGCAACCUUACUGAAUAUUCUACGCUUUUACAACGCAAACGUCACAGCAGGAUCUUAUGGAUGCAAUCCGCUCAAUGAGUGUUUCAACGUUGCUCAGCUUAAUGCAACAAGCAAUGACCUUGAGCAGCAGGCCAUUUCAUUGAUAAAGAAAAUGAAGAGUGCUGGAGCCGUUUACGAGAUACAAGAUGAGCGCAAUUUUGAUGCCAAAGAUUUCACUGUAGUGGUCCAAGGAUUUUUGGAAGGGGCUGAAAACGCUGUCAUCGACGAAAGCGGAAAUUAUGACAGUGCAUUCUAUACCAAAGACCUCAAGCAGCUGACUAAAUAUGGAUACGAGCUUAUUGCAAAAGCUUAUUGGACUUCGCUGCUAGAACCUGUUGGAAAGAAAAAUCUUGCCCCAUCUAUAACGGACAAGCGCAAUAGAUUGAAGUGCCCAAUCAAGAAAAAGAACUUGCUUAAAUGGGCCAAAAUGAUCCCUUUAGCAUUUCCCUUAUAUUCGGACUAUUGGAAACAGCGGGAAUAUGAGACAAACUACUUCGAGCUGAGCAAUUAUACAAGGACCACCGUCUGGAUCUCUAUUUAG